GUCCGGAUGUGACCGCUCAGCCACAGGAACCAAACUUUAGCUGCUAGCAUUAGCUGUGUGUGUAGCAUCACAGCUCCGCUACCGCAAUUCAAAACAAACGCUGUCAGAAGCAAGAUAUCCUGUUCAUCAUCGAGUAACACGUCGAUAUGGAGCCGGAGGCAUAAUUUAUAAACACAGUGUUGAGGAAUGGUCUGACUGCAGCAGCUCCAGUAAAGAUGCACAGCCGUCUGCAGGAGUUGAAGAAGGAAGAGGAGACUCUCCUCAAAAUCAAAGUCAUGCUACAAGACCAGCUGAACAGGUUGAAGUUUGAAGAAGGGGCCUUGAAGUCCAUCAUUAGUGCUCAAACAGAAGAAGGAGCAUCUCAACGAUCUUCCCCAGAAACUGAGGUUCAUAUUAACCUGGACGAUGAGAGCGAGAUCAAUCAAACCAAACUGCUACUGAAUGCUGCUGUAGAUUUUGAUAUGGAGGAGGAGGAAGAUGAUGAGGAGGAGGAAGAUGAGGACGAUGAUGAAGAAGAUGACAAUGAGCUUGAGUUUGCGCCUGAGGAGGAUGAGGAGGAGGAUGAUUACUGAGAUCCUCAGUUAUUCAUGAGGCCUCAAUAUUUGCACCACUGAAGAAGAACCACAUGUAAACGGACAUCCGUUGAUUUGUUUACCUGUUUAUCACUUAUGGAGUUUAAUUUAUUUGGAUGGAGUGAGUUACACUUACAGUUUAGCAUUGCCCUCUCCUGUGCGUGAUUCAAGGCUUGUCAUCCACAACAUACAAUGUUAGAAUCCAUGUGUCAAAUUUUGUGAGAAAUGUUUCACAGAAAUGCAGUAAGAACAGUGUUAUUAGGUGCUUAUAGCGUACUAGAUAUAUUGCAUUUUGAGGAUUAGCAUUAAAGUUUUAUGGCUGGGCCAUAUAAGAAGAUAGUGUGUAUGUACGAGAUGAUAAUUGUAAGCACAAAAUAAAAUGUUUUGC